UAAACCGAAAUCGAAUCCCGAAAUCGAAGCCGUCGCUUAGUAAAUCACCAGCAAGCAAACCGCUCAGUAGUUCCAGUUGUUCAGCUGUCAGGCUGAUCUCUCUCCAUUCACCGUACCAGUGUAAAAUCCAGGCGACUACGCUUAGCGUUACAAAGGCGAGGCGCCAAAAAGAGCCACUUUUGAAAACGGUUUGAUUCGAGUAGUUUAAACACACAGUAGGCCAGAGCCUCCAAGAAAAACAGUCAAAAUGUCUGAUCGCAAGGCCGUAAUUAAAAAUGCCGACAUGAGCGAGGAGAUGCAGCAGGAUGCCGUCGAUUGUGCGACACAGGCCCUCGAGAAGUACAACAUUGAAAAGGACAUUGCGGCCUACAUCAAGAAGGAGUUUGACAAAAAAUACAAUCCCACAUGGCAUUGCAUUGUCGGUCGCAACUUUGGAUCGUAUGUCACCCACGAGACGCGCCAUUUUAUCUACUUCUAUUUGGGCCAGGUGGCCAUUUUACUGUUUAAGAGCGGUUAA